GUGUUGUGCAUGUUAUUUUGGGCGAGGCUAAUGUGUCGUUGUUAGUGUUCUUCUAGUGGUAGUCGUUUAAAAUUGUUUCAAAUUGCAAUUAUUUAGCCAAAAUGAGUGCUGAUGCAGAACAAAUAUAUCAAAAUGACCAAACGGCAGAACAGGACACAGAUGACCCCAACCAGUGUCACUUCGAUCUCUAUAUAAAGGCAUCCCCUAUCGACAAGGAGACAAGAGGACCAUGUCCAUUAUGCCAGCAAUGGUUUAUGAUUGCCUACCUGAUGGCUGAAAAUCAGGAAGGUGUUGUCUUUAAAGUCUUCACAGUACAAGCGGACUGUCCACCAAAACUGUUUGUGGACAAAGGCUGGAGCAAGACUUUCCCAGUGGUCAUUGCAAAGAAACCUUGCCGUAACAAAGCAGGCCAUGACUUGGCAGAUGAAAUGUUUGACACGUUCGAAGAGCUAGAAAAGUUCUUUGAAGGCAUUAAUCGAUCAUGUCCUGAACUUAAGCGUCACAAUGCUCCCAAUUCCAAUGCUGUUCUUGAAGUGGCAGAUAUUUAUGCUGUUUUCUGCGGGUUUCUGAAGGGCUCUAAAAAGCUUGUUCAUCUGGAAAGGAAACUGGAAGAACUUAAUGAAUUUUUAGAAUCAAAUGAAGGCAUAUUUCUUGUAGACGAUGUCCUGAGUUUUGCCGACUGUCAUCUUCUACCACGAUUGCAGCAUCUUCGGGUAGCUGCUGAAAAAUACUGCAACUAUCAAAUUCCAUCCAAAUUCACUGCCUUGUGGAAAUAUUUUGAUAAUGCCUACAAACAGCCUGCUUUCAUUAACACAUUGCCCUCAGAUCAGGAUGUCGUUUACAAUUACGAAAAGAAAACAGCAUUUCCUCUUCCAAAGCGUGGCAACCCAACGCUGCAAGCUUUCACUUACACAAAAGAUAUCCCAGAGGAAGUCAAAGCCGUUUUAUCACAAACCACAGAAAGUAACGGAGAGGCGGCAUUAAACGAACCCAAUGAAAAUGAAAGUAGCAUAAAUGUGGAUGCCACAACAAAUGACAACUACCAAGAGUAGUAGCAAAAACUUACAACUUUCAGAUUCUUGAAACCAGUGUAUUCAGGUUGAACUAUCUCUGCAUCAAUUGCUUUCCCUUGAACGGGUUUCACUCUGUGUGUGUGUAAACAACAGCAACAAGAUGAGCUAGAAAACACUGUGGAGUUUGAACGACAUGGCUCUAGCCGACGUGUGACACACCAGAUUUCAUACACAUUAUGUAUAACGCUAUCUAUUCAGAGAGACUUAAGUAUUUUGAUGGAUGUUUAGUAGACAAAACUUGUGUACAUGAAUGUAACUAGAGCAGACAUACACAGGUUGUAUUUGGUAUAUUGAACAUAUAUUUCAUAUGCUGGUCCUAUUGCAGUCACUACUACUACUAAUAUCAAAUAAUUUACUGAUGGUUUGAAGACUAAUAUCAUGAUGCAUAAAUUAAAUUGGUUACUACUUACGAUUUUGUUUUUAGUUUGGUAGAGAAAUGUCAAAAUGAAGAAAUUUCGAUCAUAAUUUGUUGUUUUAACUCUUGUUCAUAUUAUUAUUAGGUUAAAAGUAAUAAAACAAAUGUACCUGAAGAAUGAUGGUCGUAGUAAAAUAUACAUACGUGCUUUCACAUUCUGUGAUUUUAAUUGCAAGAUCAUUUUUAUUACAAGCCUUUAGAUAGCACAUGCAUUAUGCCUACAAACAGAAACGUAAUACAAAUAGUUAAAUGCAAUAUUGUGAUUUUUUUUUAAUGCAGUUAGGUCUGUUUGAGAAACCAAAAGAUUAAAAAUUAUUACUGAAAAUCCAUUUUAUUCCCAUGAUUUAAAUUUCUUAAUGACUUUAUUCUGAAGUUUAAUAUAUAUGUACCAUUUAACUUCAGGUCAAUAUACUGGACCAAAUUAACAAGGAGAAUUAUAUUUAUUAUAAAUUUUGAUUGUGAUGGAACUUAUGAUCUUUUAACAAUGGAAGAGGACCAGUUUUGUUAAAUCGGACCAAUACGUGUUUUUUUUUUACACUUUUGUUUUUUUUGUUUGUUUUGUUUGUUUUUGUUUUUUGUUGUAUCUGGCAAAGAUUACGUAUGUACCCCUAAGACAUGCAUGUAUAAACUGUAUUUGUGCACCAUGUUAUUCAUACCUGUACUGGAAGGCAGACAUGAAGUAUGUAUCGCUCGUCCACUGGACUGAUAUAAAACAUUACUAGUCCACCAGAAUUUCAACUAAAGUGACAGUUCUAAUACAAAGUUCACUUCAAGUGAUCAUCUUGUGAAAACAAAAUGUUGGAGAUAUUUUAAAUUGCAGCUUUGUUUGUUUUUAUUGUGACACUAAUUUAAUUUGAGAGAGGUUGAAAUUGUAACAUCUGGAAUCAUAGAUGCACUGGAAAAUUAAUGUUUUAUUUGCAAAAUCUAAAAAGAGGUCACCCACCAAACUGGCAGAUAUAUUUCUCAAUAUUGGUUGAAUGGACUAGUACAUCCUACACUCCAGCCUGAACAUUAUAUAUUGUGUACUUUUAUCAUUGGAAUAUGUAAUAUUAAUAAACCAAAAAUACCAAGCUGUUCAGGGAAAUUGUUGGUGAUGCUGUUCAAAUGGCUUUAUUUUAAAUAUUUAAAAAAAAUAAAAAUAAUAAUAAUGACCUACAGGUUUGAACUAUGUCUGCUUAAGUUAAAAUUGCUAAGAGCUUGUAAUUGCUAUACAAUAAUAAGGUGCCAGUUGCAGAAUGUUCUUCAAAAAUAUAUAUUCUGAAUAUGUAUAUUAUGAUUUUGUUAUCUAGUUUUUAUGAAUUUAUGUAUUUCCUUAUAAUGGAGACUAUAUUCACCAUAACUGGCACAUUAUUUUAUUUUAACUGUGACAGUGGAAUAAAGUGGCAAAAAGCAACCAAACUGGAAUUUAUUUGUUGUUGCAUAAAAGGGAAAUUAAAGUUCCAAAUAAUAUUAAUUUCUAAUAGUUUUUUUUUUUUUUUCUCCUCCUGAAACAAAUGGAUGAUGUAGUCUGUUAAAUACAGAUGGACAGUAAAAAUUGUAUAUGAACGGACUGUAAAGUCCACCCCGGACAUAACAACUUGAUAUGCUGUUUAUAAUACUUUUUUAUUCAGGAUAUACUGUAAGUGCCCUUUGUAGAUGAGUAGUUGUAUGUAGAAGGUUUAAUUGUAAUUUUGCCUCACAUUGUUUAAUAUUAAUUGUAUAUGGAGUGGAGUAUAUAUUUGCAUAACACAAGUGUUUAGCCCAUUUUGUUCUAAAUUAGUGUGGUGCAUUAAACAUGACCUUUUUAUUGCAUUUUGCAUUGAGGUAGGGAACUUAACAUGUAGUUGAUGUACUGUAGAGGCAGAUCGUUGCUGUAUUCCUUGCUUUUCUAACAAGCAAGGCUUUUGGCUUGUAGCAUUAUAUCAAAACGUUAGUGCGUACAUAUAAAUAAAUAUAUCCAUAUGUUGAAAUAUAUAUUAACAUACAUGUAAUUACAGGAUAAAUAUCUUGAUAAGAUGUGUUUAGAUUGUCUCGGGAGACUGGAAUAGUUUAUAUAGCUAUAAAUUAAUGAAACUUACUCUAUAGCUAAUAUAUUGUUAGAGUUAAUGAAUUUAUAUUCCAGUGAAGCAUAUGUUUAUCAGAAAUGGUGAACAUGCUGACAUAAGUUGACUUUCUGUGUAGUUAUUAUUUUUCCUUGAGCCAAAAACAUUGCAUAUUUUGGUGCCAGAUCAUCUUAUAAUAGAUAAAUGGUUGUCAGCACAUUAAGGAGAUUAUAAAUGUUGGGAACAAAAAGCAAGUCUUGAUUGGAAAUGUGUUUUGUGGGGAAGUUGGGUGGUGGUGGGUGGGGUCGGUUGGAAGACAAUCUAAAUUUAUCCCACAAGUAUUUUGUCCUGUAGACAAUGUUUAUAUGUGUUGAAUUGAAAACUUAAUUACUGAUAUUUCACUCAAUUUGUAUUAAUUAUAAAUUUAUGAUAGAAAAUCAUCUGUUGGGUCAAGUUUAAAAAAAUUGCAUGUAUGAAUAUAUUUUGACAAACACAGAUUGUUGAAUCAAAUAACUUUUUAUUUUCAAGAAAGCUUGUACACAUGUAAACACAUUUAUUGCAAUAAACAAUAUAAAAUUGA